UUUUCUUACAGAUAAGCUUUUUAUUAUAUCCGUCCGGACCGUCUAUGCGCCUCUUGCUCUGACGCACGCGCCUCGCCACACGUUUCGAUUCUCUCUCUCCCCACUAUCUCCUCUCACCUCUGUUCUUCCUUUCUUUCUAGCAUGUUGGCAAGCAUGGAGUUGCGGUGCUUCUUCACCAGCCGCCCCCUCGUCCGCCAUGAAACCUCUACGUGGAAUCCUCCCACGUCACUUCAGAGAGCAACCCUCUUCUUCUCCCCCUUAAAACCCUUCCGAGACCGCCUCCCCCAGCUCAGGGUCGUUGCCUCCACGCCUCCCCCCAAAUCCUUGAACCAGCAAGCCCGGCGGACCGAUGAUGGCAUCCCCAUGGACUACGUGAAGACCCUUGCCAAGUUCAAGAGCCGGCACAACCACAUCAGGGUCCUGGAAAUAUCUAGAAGGCUCGACCACCCAUUCGCCGGCUCCAGGCUUCUCCUCCUUGACCGGCCGGGCAACAUCCACAGCAUUGCCUUCCUCUUCAAGCUCCUAACCGGCACCUACUUCGACGUCUUCGCCACUUUUCCGGCCAUUCUCUCAGAUGGGCCGUUGGCCAUUCUAGGCUUGGGCGCCGGAACAGCUGCCUCCAUGAUACUGCAGCUGUACCCCCAAGCCGAGAUCCAUGGCUACGAGAUCGACCCCUGUGUGGUUUCGGUUGGAAGAGAGUAUUUCGGGCUGUCGAAGAUCGAGAAGCAGCACAGAGGGAGGAUCUUCAUCUACGUCGGCGACGCUCUCAGGGCUAGCGUGAGAGAAGGCUUCUCGGGGAUGAUAGUUGAUCUGUUUUCCAAGGGGGUUGUGAUUCCUGAGCUUCAGAAACCGGAGACUUGGGUCAGGCUGAGAAGCAAUCUGAGAAAAGGUGGUAGGGUUAUGGUGAACUGUGGGGGAAGCUGCGUGGAGCCAGAGGACGCGGCCAGAGAUGGGGCGUCAAUCAUGGAGGAGACUCUGAAGGCCAUGGAUGAGGCCUUUCAUGGUCAAGUGAGCGUGCUGAAACUUGGGGACCGGAAAGAAGAUAGCUGCCUGGCGUUGACGGGCCCAAUGCCAGACCCUGUUGCUUGGAAGCAGGCAUUGCAAUCUUCAUUGAGGCAUCAUGUUGAUAUGUGGAGGCCUUAUCGAAGAUAGAUUUAUCUAUACGGCUCCUUUUUCCAAGUUCUCAAUUCUAAAAUCUGAUCUUGGUUGGUUUUACUUCAAACCUCAUGAUUGGUUAUUCAUUGAUGUGAAUGGUCGCUGUUAUCGCUGUUGGUGGAAGUAUUGACAGUGUAUGAAAUGGAAGUUGAUGUUCAUUGAUGUGGAUGAUCGCUGUUAGUGGAAGUGUUGACAGUGUAUGAAAUGGAAGUUGAUGUUCAUUGGUGUGGAUGAUCCGCUGUUAGUGGAAGUGUUGACAGUGUAUGAAAUGGAUGUUAGUUACUGGGCCUGGGAUUCUAAAGUUGGUAUUUCACCCUCUUGCGUUUCGCAAGUUGGUCGGAUUCUCUAACGAUGGCUUCAUUGGUAAUCUAAAGAAGUCUGCUUUACGAGACAGACAUCAGGAACAUUGGCUCCUACUUGGCUGGAAAAAACCAUGCAAAUGUCGACAUGGAAGGAUGGUAGCGCUAAACUUGCGUGAAAUCGUCUUACUUCUGGCAUUGUCUGUACCUAGAACACUUGCUCACCAUAAUUAACGGAAAAAAACUUCUAUGAA